AUGGCCACGGACUUCCGCCACACUUCCAGGUACCUCCCUCGGGUGCCGAAACAAGUUGGUGUGAAACGCGGUUUACGGAGUGAUUUGCCAUUGGAGGCUAAGAUUUCCGAUUACUAUGGCCCGAACCCGGACAAUAACCGUUGGCUGAGGCGUCAUGCAGUCUUCAACCAUCUCUACCGACGGAAAGAGGCUGUUGGAGGCGCAUCAGACGAUGACUGUAAACAGGCUAGGCGGAUCUCAGAGGACUUGCGAGACACGUUUGCCGAUCUAGCAACCAAGAUCACGCCCUCGAAGCCAAGGCGAAAAGGCAAGGACAAGGCCAGGGUACGCAAACCCGAUUUCGACAAGCAGGACGAGACACACGCCAACCUGCUAGGUACCAUGAGGUCAGAACUGCAGGAGAACGAAGUACACAGUAACUUUGACUUCCUCUCCUUCUAUCGUCGCGCCUUCGGCCUCGUUCUACGCCUUCGCGAGGAAGUUCUCAUGAGCGACGAUGUACGGCGCUCCCGGGCUGAAGACAUCAAUGCAAAUCCCGAGCCCCACAAUUUCCAACUGAUAACAGAUCUCUUCCGCGAUCUUCGAAUUGAGCCCAAGACUAAGAAAGAAGAAGAGGCCGAAGCUAAAGAGGGUGCUGGACAGCAGCUCUCAGCCAAAGUCGUACCGUUGAGGCAGAUUCGACGUGUCGCUGAGAUGAUGCAUGACUUGACCCUUGCCAAGGGCGAUGUGGAGUUGAGGCGCGCCAAGUUACGGGUCAAGGGGGAUUGGGAGAGUCUCAAGGCUUCGUAUGCUGCUGAAGAAGCUGAGAAAGAGGCUUCUGGUGUCGAAGAGAGCGUUCCACAGGCAGAAUCCGAAGACGAAGUGGUGACUGAGGUUUCCGAUGCUUUAGAUGGCCUUGCGCCUCCGCUGAGCAUCGUCAACGGCACCAAGCGCACGUUCGAGGCAGAUCGAGACUCAGAAGAUGGUGGGACGUAUACGCUGGGGUCUCAGGUCUUGGGACAAAAGCAUACACAGUGCGACACGAAAAACUGGUCAGACGAGCCUGAUAGUCUAGAAGUCCUUGAUGUCGCUAUCGAUACCCAGGAUAUGGAGGCCCUGUCACGCUUCGAGGACAAGAGAAAUGACAUCAGGCGCAAAUUCGAAGCGGGCGUUGACUCCGCGAACCGCCCAGUUCACUUGCUCAACUCAGGCGGUUGGAACGGCGCAUGUGUAGAAGUCGCUGCGGACGAACACAUCCCCACUUCCAUUGCGCCCGAAGCAGACCAGCGCCAUUCCUUGGGCGCGCAAAUCAGUCAGGUCAUGGGCACUGCUGCCGCAAUCUCACUCGCAGCACCCAUCAACGAUGACAACAAACACAGCGGCACAAGAUCUAUAGGGUGCGUUUCAUUAGCUACGGCGACCAGGAACAAGCCAAAAGGGAUAUACCACCGCAUCACAUAUUCCAGCACUACGUCUCGCAAAUCCCGUAUCACGGCCAUCUUUCCUUCGUCAUCGUCUAGGAACACCAAGCUUCUAGCGCUAAUCCCGCCGCGAAAGGGCUCAUUCCACCGUCUCUCUGGUACCGCUAGGAAGCAUUGCAUCGCCUUUCACUGCUACACGCGAUGCGCUAUGGCUCGUGCCCUACAUGGCCAGCAGACUCGUCUGCAACGACGAAUGGCGAUUGCCGUUGCGGAGCUGAGGAAGAAGGUCAGGAGGGAUUCGGCCGGUAAGUUUUGA